AGCUCCCCAGAAACCUGGGCGAGUGAGGACCUACAAAGUUUGUCCGCUCCGGGGCGCCAUACGGACGGGCUCUGGUCCCGGCCGUCUGGGCUGGGCCGGUCUGAGCCUAGGAGAGACCCUGAUGGCCGCAGUGUUCCUGGUAACGCUCUAUGAAUACUCGCCGCUCUUCUACAUCGCGGUGGUUUUCACCUGCUUCAUCGUCACCACCGGCCUGGUACUAGGAUGGUUUGGUUGGGAUGUUCCGGUAAUUCUGAGAAAUUCAGAAGAGACCCAGUUCAGCACAAGAGCUUUCAAGAAACAAAUGAGACAAGUCAAGAACCCUUUUGGCUUAGAGAUCACUAACUCGUCCUCAGCUUCACUAGCAGCUGGCAUGACCUUGACAACAGAUUGCCUUGAAGAUAGUCGUCUUACAUGUUUCUGGGGGUGCAGUGUCCAAAAGCUGUAUGAAGCUCUUCAGAAGCAUGUUUAUUGCUUCAGGAUAAACACUCCACAAGCAUUAGAAGAGGCACUGUACAGUGACUAUCUCCACCGAGAACAGUAUUUUUUUGUUCUUUUGGCAAUUUGCCUUUACAUACUCAAAAGCAUUAAAAAGCACAGCAAAGAAGAAAUAUAUUGCCAAUUACCGAGAGAUACUGAAAUUGAAGACUUUGGUCCAGUGCCCAGAUCUCGCUAUCCAUUGGUAGCUCUGUUGACCCUCGCUGAUGAGGAUGAUCGGGAAAUUUAUGAUAUUAUUUCCAUGGUAUCGGUAAUUCAUAUUCCUGAUAAGACUUACAAGCUUCCCUGCAGAGUAUUGUAUCAAUAUUUACUCCUGGCUCAAGGUCAAUUUUAUGAUCUUAAGCAACUUUUCAUGUCUGCAAAUAGUAGUCCCAGUCCCUCCAGCAACCCCUCUCCUGCAGACAGGAAGGCCGAGCAGAGCUUGUUGGAGAAGGCAGGACUGGCUGGGAGCGAAGCGGAGCCGGUGGAGGAGAGCAGCAAGGACUGUGUGGUGUGCCAGAACGGGGGUGUGAACUGGGUGCUCCUGCCUUGCCGACACACGUGCCUAUGCGACAGCUGUGUGUGUUACUUCAAGCAAUGCCCCAUGUGCCGGCAGUUUGUGCAGGAAUCCUUUGCACUUUGCAGUCAGAAAGAGCCAGACAAGGACAUGCUGGAAACCUCCUGAAGCUGUCACAGCUUGAGAGUGUACUGUCUACGCAAGGUGCAGAACCUUGUGUCCUUAGGAUCAUAACACAGAAUCUACAGUUGUGACUGUCAGAAGGAAUUCUAUUUUCAUGUCAUACUUGUCCUUGGAUGAUGCAAAGAUGUUCUUCCUGCUCAGCAUGGAGAGCACUGAAGUACUACUGUCUUCAUUGAUACCUAAAACUCACUCAGCUCUUGAGAAGAAUGUAAACAUCUGCCUUUGGCCAGCUGGAAGACUUCAUGUAAUGUGGGUGAGAAAAGUCACUCAGAAAAUCCAUCUACUUGACAUUGCAGGAGAUCCAAGUUUCAGGGUGGGCGACUGCUUUUCCAUUGAUGUAAUCUGGAGUGAAAUUACAAGACUGAAUUCUGCUGAAAGUAAUUAAAUGUCCCCCAGUUUACAAAGUAGUUGGAAGGGGCUUUUUACCUUCCACUGCCUCUGAAAUUUGUUUUUAUAAAUAUUCAUUUGGUUUCAAAUUUUCCUUAUCAAAGUUACAUAAAUACAUGUUUUAACUUUUCCGUCGUGUAGGUUUUGAAGUCAUAAACAUAAGGCACAGUUCUGAUUGCUCCCAUGUGUCAUAGAUUUGAUGGCUCUCAUCUACAGGAGGCAGAUACAUAACACCUGGAUAAUAAAAUCUCGUGCAUAAUUAAAUUAUAAA